AUGGAAGGACAGAAGGUGACAGCGGUACAAUCAAAAGAUUUUGAAAAAACAGUCGAGGAUUGUAAAAAUAUGGUUAUCGGUUUUUUGCAGGCUGUAGAUAAACAAUGGAAUCCAAAGGCUGGGGUACAAUUUGGACCAUAUGGUGAUAAUGCAAAUGUUUUUGUUUUCAAAUUUGUGAAUGAAGAUGAUCGAAGAAAGAGUACCACUAAUCUAUCAAGACAAGGAUCUCGUGCAACUCUAAUUCCAACCCAUCAUCACUUCUCUGCUCAAGCUAACAAGAAAUCCAAUUCUGAUGACGCUCUGCUCAGUCUUAUUGAGUCUGUAAUCGAUUGGGAGGAGAGAUAUUAUAAGGUUGGUGAGGCACCAAGAGAAUUUCCUUUCAAGAUUAAGGAUAAUGCAGGGGAGGAAUUUAUAACAUUGACUAGAGAUUAUCAGGGUGAGGUGAUUGGAGCCUCAGCUUGCUGGCCUAAAGACCCUAAAUGUUAUUUUCAUCUAUGUGUAAGUGUUAUGAAAAAGAGCGGACCAACUUUGGUAUUCGAUGCAAGGGCUGAUGAAACAGAUGAAAUUUCCAUUGACUCUAUAACUGUCGAGAAUCCAAAUGCUUCUAAUGAUUAUAUUACUUUCUCGGAUUUGGAUGAAAAAUUGCAAGAUGCUUUCCACACAUAUUUGGAUGUCAGGGGUUUCAACCCAGCAAUAACGAAUUCUUAUGGGACUACAUGGUUCGGAAAGACCGCGAAAAAUACCCUGGGUGGUUGAAGAACUUGAACAAUUUCAUCGAGGAAUAAAUUAAAUUUUGCUCAAGUUGAAGAGCAUUCAAAGGUUAUAUCUUUGUAGAGCUAUUAAGAGUGUCUGGAAACAGAUGGUGCGGUCACAUGGUGAAUGUUCUAUGACUUUGGAGUGUAUGAUUCCAGCUUAUGGAAUUGUUGUAGAAUACUAGUAAU